AUGCUCUUCUCACGCAAUACUCUGGUUUCCAGCGCUGCUGUGCUGAUGACUCUUUGCAAUGUAGCCACAGCUACUCCCCAAGACGGCCCCAUCGACGUCGGUUGCUACACCUACACACGGGAUGCCCCGUCCCCCGCCUGCCCAACACUCUCCUGCGCACCCCGCCCCACCGACAACUUCUGCCCGCAAAUGAUCCGCGUAUCCAGCGUGACCGUGCCGUGCGCAACAGAGGCCUGCCCAACAACCGCCACGGUCUACGACUCGACGGCGGCCUGCCCUACGUGCGCCGCGUGCCCCGUGCCCACGCAGUGGAUCACGUACACGACGGGCUGCGCCGCCGACCCCGCCGCUACCAUUACCGCCAUGACGAUCGAGACGCCUGCGUGGAAUGCGCCGAUGACGAUUUUUUAA